AUGAUAAUAUUUAUAUUUCUGGCAUUAAUCACUAUUGUACAUGCCUUUAACGAAGUACAUCCAACCUUCAUUGACAAUGGUAGCUCUUACUUUGUUUCUAUGGUUGAAGAGAUUCCUAAACAAUUCCAGGCAAUGAAAAAACAACAAACCAUUGGUCUUUUACCUAAUACAACCAUAUCCGAAUCUCCAUCUUCAACAGCUAGCAUCCAAACGGAAACAAUGACCGCAGGCAUGACAUACUUAAACCCUACAAGCAAAGAUGAAGCAUUUUCAGUGAACAUAACCAUCAAUGCCAAAGAUUAUCCCGUUUUACUUGAUACGGGAUCUCCUUACCUGUGGCUGUACGCGUCUAAUUGUACCGACAACUCAUGUUUAGGCAAGGAUAAUUUUGAUUCCAGCAAAGCCCAUGAGCUAAAUGGGACAUUUGCUUUGAGUUAUGAUUCAGGUAUUGCUUCAGGCCACAUUUAUGAAGAUUCAAUCAUUAUUGGUGGGUUUGAAACACAUGACUAUAAGUUUGGAGUUGCUGAUCAUGUUCCUGAUUUAUUUGAGCCUUAUCAAUUUAGCGGUGUAUUAGGAUUACCAGCUGAUAACUCAUCGUCAACAGGUUUGGUCAAUGCUAUUUCCUUCCUAUUUGAGAAUGGUGAUAUUAGGCAGUCUAAGUUUACUAUUUGUAUUGGUGAAUACGAGAGUGAGAGAGACAAUUCAGGACUUUUGUUUUUUGGCGAAACAAAGGAGCAGUUGCAUGAAGGUGAAAUUUAUACAUCUCCAUUGAUAGAAGAAGCUGUUAGUCAUUGGGAAUUCAAAAUUGAUAGUGUCUAUGUUAAUGAUUAUCAAAUCACUUUUGACUCUCUGAAAAUUGAUCAGGAAAAUUCAACUACUUCAAGAAUUGGAUUACUGGAUAGUGGUACUACUUCCUUGAUCCUGUCCACCAGCGAUGCAACUAAAAUUCACUCAUUUUUCGAAGAUUCAAUCACAGAUGGCCAAAAUUUUGCUAUUUAUUGUAAUAGCACGUUAGAAUUUGAGAUUGAAAUUUCUGGUAAAAACUGGACUCUUACUCCUGAUAUGUAUAUCAGUAGUGCAUACCCAAGUAAUGGAGAUUUGAGCGGUUAUUGUGUUUCAAGUAUUCAAGGUAUAGACUUUACUGAAGACGGAGCAUGGAUUCUCGGUAUUUUGUUUAUGAAAGACAAAUAUGUUGAGUUUGACUAUGAAAACCAAUGGAUUGGAUUAGCAGAGAGAAAUAACAACUUGAAGUUUGUGGAAGCGCCAAAAUCCACAGCUCCAGUUCCAACAGCCUCUACGACUAUUACCACGUCAUCAUCAAUUGCAGCUACUGCUAUAAGUGCGAUAUCUUCUGUUAAAAAUGAUGCAUACUCACAGAAAUCACAAAGACAAUGGAUUUUUCCAUUUAUCCUCUCGUUGCUGGCUUAUUAA